UAAAGCGCUCAACAUUGCUGCGUUCACUGGCGAACAGGAGUAUUUUGUUAAAGGGGGAAGGCCAACAUCAUGACGGGAAAGGAUGGAGUUGUGCUUUCAGACACACAGAAUAAACUGAAAACAACGUCUGAGAACAUCUUAAACCAGGGGGACUCCAAGCAUCAACCUCCGGGCUGGAAAAUGGCCCCCACCGUGCAGAGGCGCACCGGCUUUGGCAUCCAGGAGCUUCUUGGCCUCAACAAGGAGCCUCCGGCGGCCACACCAAGACGACCGCUGGAGACUCUGCCUCACAGGGCUCACGUCCUGUCCGCUAGACACACAGGACUCGGUAUGGGUUUACUGGGCCCGGAUGGGAUACAUACGUUUUACAGCCAACCUGCUUUCCUGGAGGUGCUGUCAGAGGCGCACAAUGUGCACCUGCAGCCGCUGCACAGGACGCCGCAGAUGGAGCCCCAGAUGGAGGCGCAGCAUUCCGGUGCCAGCUCCGAUUCAGAUGAUUUGAACUCAUCCGGGGAUCCCAAAUUUUCAGCCUCAUCGAUGAGUCAGAGCAAAAAGAGAAAGAAAAGAAGACACAGAACCAUUUUUACAUCCUAUCAGCUGGAGGAGUUGGAGAAAGCAUUUAAUGAAGCUCAUUACCCAGAUGUUUACGCCAGAGAAAUGCUGUCUAUGAAAACUGAGCUGCCAGAGGACAGAAUACAGGUUUGGUUUCAGAACCGUAGGGCUAAGUGGAGAAAAAGGGAGAAGUGUUGGGGUCGCAGCAGUGUGAUGGCAGAAUACGGCCUGUACGGCGCCAUGGUCCGUCACUCCAUCCCCCUCCCCGAGUCCAUCCUCAAGUCAGCAAAGGAUGGCGUCUCAGACUCUUAUGCUCCAUGGUUACUGGGAAUGCACAAGAAGUCUGUUGAUCCUUCUCACCCCACCCCAGGAAAAACCAUGAGCAGCAAGCCUCCAACACAUCCGCCUGCGCAGGAGAAAACAGGAGAAAAAAACAUGGAGGAAGAGAAACUGAAUAAAGACAUUAGUUUGUCUAUUUCUAAAGAGGAACUGAGGGAGAGCAGCAUUGCGGCGCUGCGAGCAAAGGCGCUGGAGCACAGUGUAAAGAUGAUGGGGACUGUUUCAGAAAAAGACCUCACGACACAUAGGGUGGAGGCUGAGCAUGAGAAAACAGGUCAUCAGCAGGAAAGCAAAUGAAAAAAAAAAAUACAGGAAACAUAUUUGUGGUGAAAUACCAACAAAGAAGGGCCUGUAAUGUAUUUUAUUGCUAAAACCUGAACUCAUGCCUUCCUAUUUCCUGCUCUUUAUUGCGAAAGCUACCACAGCAAAUAUUGGUAACACAUCUAGGGAAAACCACAAACUUAAAAGGUCAAAGUGUGAUGUAUAUAUUCAAAGCAUGUGAUGGUUCCAUGACAUGUACUUAUCUGUCCCUUUAUAAAUGUGAGUGUGGUUUAAAUAAAGAUUACUUAUAUUUA